UCCUUUAUGAAAUCAAUAUGGCUGUUUAGCAAAAAAAAAUGCAGAGAUGCAAAAAGUGUACCAGUGUAACAAACUCUGCAAAAUGUGUGUUGUAAUAUGAAUGGAACAGUCGUUUGCACAAUUUCGGUACCCUAAAGAACCAAUAUUUACGGCCAGGUUCUAGUUUUUGUUCCCCUGAAUCAGUACAAAGCACAGAAGCAACGCUAAACACCACUCAAGUUCGUUAGCAAGUUCAGUGCCGUUUCUGCUGGUAGCAUUUUUGUAGCAAUUGUACAAAGUUUGGCUUGCGUUAUUCGCGAAACCGUGAUUGAACGCUGUUUUCUUCACUGGAUGCGCAUCUUUCGUACGUUGAUCGAUCGACAGCAAACGGACACACAAAUGUGUGAGGUCGUGAGAGUUGCUGCUGCUGCUGCUGUUGCUGCUUUCGUUACACCACUUUCUAUUCGCCCGGGCGUAAAGUAGGAGCACGAAGAGUUGACCGAUAUUUAUCGUUUUGCUUGGCCCCUAUCCGGACGCAACUUCCAUGCGUAACGGCGGGACAGGAAGCAGUAGUGCAACGGAAGUGUGGACCAACCGCGUAGUGUUUUGUGAAUGGGCUUUCGGUGCCUGAGAGAAGAACGGCGAGGAGAUAAUUGAAUCGCGGCAAUAAACAUGGAUUCCGGUAACGGUGGCAUCGGUGGCAGCAGCAUCAGCAACAGCAGCUGUCACAAAAGCGAUCUUAAUCUGCUGGUGAAGAACAUUGUGAAGAUUCUGCUCACCACCUCGAAGUACCUGCACUGCCCGUUUUGUGCCGACGAGUACCUGUUCGAGUUUACGCUCAAGCACCAUCUGCUGAAGAACCACGAGCGCGACCUGGAGAAGAUUGUCCGCUCGCCGGACGCUAGCAUACGGUUUUGCGAGAGCAACAUCUGCCCGUACUGCGGGGCCCUGUUCUACUACAUCUCCGCCCUUCCGAAGCAUAUCAUGAACAGCCACAGCCGGGAGUGCCUAAUGAAAUGGCAAGCGAUCGAACAGGAGAACAGCCUGGUGCGUAAGCUGGCCAACGAUCCGAGCAUUCAGUGUGUACCGUGUUCACCCGGGUUGAGCGAUUUUUUCGACGAGCUUACCACGGGCAGCAGCCGGCAACAUGCGGCCCCUAAUGCGGGCAGCAGAAACAUCAUCCAGCUAACGAAACCUUCCCCCUUGCUGAAGACGGCCCUUCGCAACGUGAAUCGCAUUACGGCCGCGCAGACAAACGGUGGUACCGGGAUCGAUGCGUCCGGCACAUCGGCCUGGUCUAGCUUUGGUUUCGACAACACUCAAGCGCCACGGCGCAACCUCACCAACCAAUCCGUCCGACGGGAGCUACAUUUCGGUGAUGAUCGCGGCCUGUCGUCCGGUGAUGGGAACAGUGCGGGAUCACCGUCACUCUGCAACCUUAUCGCUGGCAGCUGCUCACCCUCACCGAGCAACGAAUCGAUCUCCUCGGUGCGCAAACCAAAGUUCCAACGGAAGCGAUUCAACCUGCGCUCGAUCAAGCCAAAGUUGAACUUCCGCAAGUACGUGCUGUCGAAGUUUUCCAAGAAGUAUCACUGUAAGAUCGUUACCAGUACGCCGAACAAUUUCCUCGACGAUGGCAAUAGCCGCGAUUCGACUCGGUUCCUGCACAAUCAGGAACGGUGGAACCGGAUUCACUUCGAAUGACGAAGGUACGGUUCGCCGUUCUCGUGCGUCAUCGAGUAUCUGUGUGGAUUACUGUUUUGUUGCGUGUGAAAGCAACGUGGCGAAUGUUGUCCCACAUCGAAGCCUUUCAAAGCUUGCAUUUUGUUUCUUUCCUCAUUCAUUUAUUUGUACCGUAAGCCGUCUGUCUCAGAAGUGCGACAAAAAAAAACCAAUGCUAAACACGGUGGUAGAGCAGAUGUGUGGUGUAUCAACCUGGCUGUGCAAUCAUUUCUUUCCGCGAACUCUAGUGGUCAUGCCACUGGUGGUUAGUGCACAUCAUGUAAUGUUGAUGUUUAAUAUUUCGCUACCAUCGCCAACCGUUGAGUAGAUUUAAAUCGGAGAUUUAAACAAAACGGAAUGAAGUCUGUUGUGUAUUAUGAUGAUCCUCAUCUGUGAUCGGUACGGAUGCCCCACGACACGAAUGGAAGGCAAACCGCGUUACAUCGUAGUGAGCAAUGGAUUUUCAUUCGCCGUAGAAACAAGCCUUACUACACAAUAGGAAGAUGUGAUUGCUAGGGGGACGGUGAUCGGUUUAAAAUAUGACUAGAUGUAAAAGUUUAAUAAUACUCGCGAUUCUUUAGACAAAAUGAAGAAGAGGGAAAAAAAAGAACGGCCAACAAGGACAUUCCCAUUCCCUCGGGAGUAUUCGUUACAUUGCUCGUAAACUAUAAAAAAACACCAAUAUUAUAACUGGACCAAUAACAACGCCACACGAACAUAUUCGCUCGUGUUAGCGUUCGCUUCCAAAUUAGAUUCGAAUAAUCCACGAAGGUAAAACCCAUUUAAGCGUAAGACAAGUACGGAAAUAUUAGAGUAUGUUAGAAAUGUAUUACUAAACGGAAUAGUAUAGCAUUUGAUUCACUCGUUAAUUUAUUACCAAUUCGACGAUAAACGAUAGUUUUAGGCGUGUAGGCUACGGCGCGUCGAUAGUUUGUAGAACGUAGUGUAACAAAACAAAUCAUUCGAAUCUCCCGUUCUCUUGCCUUCGAUUGAACCUUAAACUAAAACGAAAAUGAAAAAAAAAACAAGAUGUGAAACGUAAACUCUAAAACACCAAGUUUUUCAUCACUAUCUAAUAAUAACUAAUGCUAAUGAAACGAAAACUCCAAUACAAUUAUGAUGAAAAGACAAAAAACAUCAACAAAUAUUAGAUAAAGAAUUUUAAUCGCUUCCCUCGCGUGCGCUUCCAAAAACAAAAAAGAUCGUUAAAAGAGGAGAAUAACCAAUCGAAACUGUUCUGACCAUGGUCCCAUUUUGUUUUGAAUUGAACAAGUGGGGGCUGUGGCCGCAAACAAGGAAACAAGGAUGGAUGUUUUUUUCAGCAUCCGCAACGAAAGCAAUUAUCUUACACACUAACUAGCCUUAUGCGGAAGUAUAUUCUUGUUAGCUAUACAACAUAUUGAACAACGAUAAAACGAUCGCCAUAAGCCGAACGGGAAGGAACGAACGAAAGCCCUACAAAGUUCGCGCGUUAUCACCUGUUAUUAUAUAUUUCGUACUAACGGAUUAUUUAUCAGUCGAUCGUAGAACCGAUGCUAGUAGCAUUUGUAUUAGUACCAAACGAAAAAGUAAUUUAUCAUCAGCCAACAACAACAAAAAUGGUAAUCUCGUUAAAAUAUUUCUGUUAAUAAACAAAACUCUCGUAUUGCAUUCCGUA